GUAUAUACGUAUAAAGGGAAAACAACACCGGAGCAGUUCAAGAUGGCAACAACAUCCUCACUCAUUAAGUCUGUGUCUCGGCGUGUGUGGGCCGCACCUCAGAGGCCUUUUAGAGUUUGCUCGUGGAACAGAGAGAUCAGGAAGGGGCUCACUGCAUCCACCUUAGAGGAGCUGAAAGACAGGGCAGCCCACACAUUGCUCAUUUCUACACUGCUGUCUCUGGUGUGUGAGGAAGAUGGCACUGAAGUGGACUCAGACGAGUUCCUCAUGACCCUGCCAGACAACACUGUGCUCAUGGCCUUGGAGCCGGGACAGACCUGGAGACCACAUCCUUUAGGCCAGAGAGGCAGAAACAUCACACCAGCUGACAAUAAACCCCGCACUGGUCGUGACAUCGCUCGAGUAACCUUUGACCUUUAUCGUCUGAACCCCAAGGAUAUUUUUGGCUCUCUAAGUGUGAAGGCAACAUUCCAGGGUCUGUACUCAGUCAGCGCUGACUUCCAAUGCCUGGGGCCGAAGAAGGUGCUCAGAGAAGCCCUCAGAAUGAUCUCCACCGUACUCCAAGCAGCAGGUCACAUGUUAAUCACGUCUGCCACUGUGAUUCGCCGAAUCAUACAGGGAGCAGAUUUCCUGCAAGUUCACGGUGCUCGUGAGAUUCAGACAGAAUACUGGAACUGACUUACUGUGUAAUCAGGAGGGAAAAAAAAAAACUGCUCUUGCUUUGUGAAAUACAUGUCAUUUUAACAAUUAUUACAGCGUUCCUUGUUUUCCAUUUGUCUUCUCAGGGCCAUUAAGCCAUGACAAUAUACAGAAAUGCGUUAUUAACAGUAAACAGGUGAAUGUUUAUUUAAUCAGUUUGCAGAUCUGUUAAAUGAGACUCUGUAAAUACCAAUAAUUGAAAUACUAAUUAUAUGACUGUAGAUGUCUGUAAAUGAUGGCUGCAUAAUAUACUCCUGUGUUAAACAUUAUUAUAAUACUGGCUUGUGUAAUACUGAUAUCAAAGAAGCCUGAAAUAUGUAAAUGAGUUCUCGGACAAA